UGUCUCCUAGGAUUUGUUCCCAGGUUUGUAAUUCAGCACUUGUAGGUGCAGUGCAUGAACUCUAGAGGGCGGUGCAUCUCUUUCAUUAGACAGACUGGCGUCUUUAGGAUUAUUAGUCCUAUGUUCCAACACACAGGUUGUGGGUGAAGUUCAUGCCUGAAGGCUCCAUUUUGGUGUGAGAUGCCACCCGACCACAAUACCACAUCUAUUAUUAGAUUCGUAAGAGUUUCUUUCCUUUGUCUGAAGUCCCGCUCGGGAACACCCAAACACGACUUUAUGGCUCGGCUGGCAGGCUUGACAGUGAUCUGGCCGCAACAUGUGUGAAGGAGCGUCUUCAGUUUCUCCCUCUGCACAAAAACACAAGUUGGAAAGGUUAUUUUAGGUGCUGUGAGGACCACAGUCCCCUGCGGGGGAAAUAAUAGGAGGAGCCAAGCUCUGAUACUGUACCCUCCAAACAGUUUUUCCUCUGCCUUGCUUCAAAAGUUGGAGAUGGACAGCGGUCCUCUGCGGGUUUUGACUGUCCCGACAUCCCCGUACCCCGACCAGAGACCGGGCGCCAACGGCCUGAGGAGAAAAGUGCAUAUCUUCCGGACCCGGAGGAACUAUCUGCACAACUUCAUCCAGAGUAUCUUCUCCUCCAUUGACCUCCGUGACCGCCAGGGUUCCACGGUGGUGGUGGGCGGGGAUGGACGCCACUUUAGCCAGGCGGCCAUCGAGGUCAUCGUGCAGAUGGCCGCUGCCAACGGGGUGGGCCGUCUCAUCGUCGGACACAACGGGUUAAUGUCCCCUGCGGCCGGCUCCUGCGUGAUCAGGAAAUCCAAAGCCAUGGGUGGCAUCCUCCUCAGCGCCGGUCGUCGCCCCGCAGGGCCGGAUGGAGACUUUGGCAUCAAGUUCAACUCAGCAAACGGAGGACCAGCCAGUGAAGCUGUCACCGGCAAGAUCUACCAGGUCAGCAGAACCCUUGAAGAGUUUGCCAUCUGCCCAGGACUCCGGGUGGAUCUAACCACUCUGGGCAAACAGACCUUCGACUUGGAGAACAAGUUCAAACCUUUCACAGUGGAAAUUGUGGACUCUAUUGAGUCCUACGCUAACCUGAUGAGGAACAUCUUUGACUUUGCUGCCCUGAAGGUGCUUCUGUCAGGCGAGAACCACAUCAAGAUAAGACUGGAUGCCAUGCAUGGAGUGGUGGGCCCUUACGUGAAGAGGAUACUGUGUGAGGAGCUGGGCUGUCCUGCCAACUCUGCCAUCAACUGCGUCCCCACGGAGGACUUUGGGGGUCAGCGCCACAAUCCCGACCUGGUCUACGUUGCGGACCUGGUGGACAGCGUGAGAGAUGGGGAGUAUGACUUUGCAGCAGCUUUCGACGGAGACGGGGAUCGGAACCUGAUCCUGGGGAGGCGGGGCCUCUUUGUCACGCCGUCUGACUCUCUGGCCGUCAUUGCUGACAACAUCUUCUGCAUCCCCUACUUUCAGCACGGCGGGGUGAGGGGUUUCGCCCGCAGCAUGCCCACAAGUGCCGCCUUAGACAGAGUAGCCAAGGCAUCAAAAAUAGAGCUGUAUGAAACUCCCCCUGGGUGGACGUUCUUUGGAAGCCUCAUGGAUGCGGGUCGGCUCUCUCUGUGUGGAGAUGAAAGCUUUGGAACGAGUGCGGACCAUCUUCGUGAGAAGGACGGGCUUUGGACUGCGCUCGCAUGGCUGUCCAUCCUGGCCACCAGAAGGCAAAGCCUGGAGGAUGUGCUCAGAGACCAUUGGUUCAAAUAUGGGAGAAACUACUUCACCAGAUAUGACUACGAGAACGUGGACAUAGAAACGGCCUGUGAAAUGAUGGAGGACCUGGAGCUCCUAAUUGCAGACAAGUCCUUUGUGAAGCAAAGAUUUGCAGUGGAAGAUAAAAUCUACCACGUGGAAAAAGCCGACAAUUUUGACUACACAGACCCUGUCGACAGCAUUAUCACCCGGAACCAGGGUCUGCGGAUAAUCUUUUCCGACGGUUCUCGGAUCAUCUACAGACUCAGCGGCACGUGCGGCGACGGGGCCACAGUUCACAUCCAUCUUGACAGCUACGAGAAAGAAGACAUUUUUCAAGAUGCGCAGGUGGUGUUGGCACCGUUGGCAACAAUCGCAGUCAAGAUGUCCCAGCUCCAUCGCCGAAUUGGUCGAAAUGGUCCGUCUGUUAUCACAUGACUCCGCCCGUCAGCUACGCCGAGUACGAGUCGAGUGUGCCGCCCCUGCUUUACGGCCCCCAUCCGUCGAGUCGUCAUUUGCAUUGUGUAUCAUCUCACCGUGACGUCGCACAUCAUCCCGUGAUCAUCCAUCAUGCUUUAUUCCGGGAAAUUAAAAAGGCAUCCGUGAGUGACGAAAUGGAGCGGAAUUAGUCGGCGCUGGAGGAUAAAAAAAAAGCCAGCUUGAUGGUGCGCAUAAAAACACUUUAUCUCAUAUUAGGGGGAAAGAUUGCAAACAAGUACAAAUUUGAAUAUGUGCACACAACAAUAACCUGCUUUUACGUCCAUACUUGACUGCCAAAGUCUAGCGUUGUUUGUGUGAUAGGGGAUUGUACCUGCAUGCUUUCCGUGAGCAGCUCGCAAACGUUUGAUCUCCAGCUCUGUGAUCACUCAUGCACUCUGAGGACGUUUCACCCUUUGCUUCUACGACCCUCGGCGAUAAAUACGAGAGAGAAACCCAACAUGAAAGGUUGCGGUUAAAAAACAGCGAGAGAUGAUAAUUGGAAUGUAACGUUCAGGACUCGGUGAUUAGUGUUAACAGACCGUCUUUGCCGUUUGUGGCGU